CUGCCAGGGCCGGCCGGUCCGUUUAAGAAGCUUUGUGCGCCUGCUGUGGGGAUUUUCUGAUCCAGGCUGCGAAGAAUUUCGAAGUCUGGAAAAUAGCAACUGUGUUUGUUUCUAAAGGAUCUUCUCCUGACCCAGCAUCGCUCAUCACAAUGAAGAACCAAGACAAAAAGAACGGGGCUGCCAAACAAUCCAACCCAAAAAGCAGCCCGGGACAACCGGAAGCAGGACCCGAGGGAGCCCAGGAGCGGCCCAGCCAGGCGGCUCCUGCAGCAGAAGCAGAAGGUCCCGGCAGCAGCCAGGCUCCUCGGAAGCCGGAGGGGGCUCAAGCCAAAACGGCUCAGUCUGGGGCCCUUCGUGAUGUCUCUGAGGAGCUGAGUCGCCAAUUGGAAGACAUACUGAGCACAUACUGUGUGGACAGUAACCAGGGGGGGCCUGGCGAGGAUGGGGCACAGGGUGAGCCAGCUGAACCCGAAGAUGCAGAGAAGUCCAGGACCUAUGUGGCAAGGAAUGGGGAGCCUGAACCAACUCCAGUAGUCAAUGGAGAGAAGGAACCCUCCAAAGGGGAUCCAGGCACAGAAGAGAUCCGGCAGAGUGAUGAGGUCGGAGACCGAGACCACCGAAGGCCACAGGAGAAGAAAAAAGCCAAGGGUUUGGGUGAGCAGAGGGUGGCUCUUUGUGAGGCUGGUGAGGGGAGGGAGUUUGGACUUGACGUUCUCUGGACCAGUCUGUUCCGCCAGGAUUCAAAGGAAAACGGAAGGCCUCACAGGAUGCUCACCUGCCCUCCCUAUCCCUGUCCCCAGCUGGAGGAGCACCGGAACUCACAGAAGCAGAUGAAGCUCCUGCAGAAGAAGCAGAGCCAGCUGGUGCAAGAGAAGGACCAUCUGCGUGGUGAGCACAGUAAGGCCGUCCUGGCCCGUAGCAAGCUUGAGAGCCUAUGCCGUGAGCUGCAGCGGCACAACCGCUCCCUCAAGGAAGAAGGUGUGCAGCGGGCCCGGGAGGAGGAGGAGAAGCGCAAGGAGGUGACCUCGCACUUCCAGGUGACACUGAAUGACAUUCAGCUGCAGAUGGAACAGCACAAUGAGCGCAACUCCAAGCUGCGCCAAGAGAACAUGGAGCUGGCUGAGAGGCUCAAGAAGCUGAUUGAGCAGUAUGAGCUGCGAGAGGAGCAUAUCGACAAAGUCUUCAAACACAAGGACCUACAACAGCAGCUGGUGGAUGCCAAGCUCCAGCAGGCCCAGGAGAUGCUAAAGGAGGCAGAAGAGCGGCACCAACGGGAGAAGGAUUUUCUCCUGAAAGAGGCAGUAGAGUCCCAGAGGAUGUGUGAGCUGAUGAAGCAGCAAGAGACCCACCUGAAGCAACAGCUUGCCUUAUACACAGAGAAGUUUGAGGAGUUCCAGAACACACUUUCCAAAAGCAGCGAGGUGUUCACUACAUUCAAGCAGGAGAUGGAAAAGAUGACUAAGAAGAUCAAGAAGCUGGAGAAAGAAACCACCAUGUACCGGUCCCGGUGGGAGAGCAGCAACAAGGCCCUCCUUGAGAUGGCUGAGGAGAAAACAGUCCGGGAUAAAGAACUGGAGGGCCUGCAGGUAAAAAUCCAACGGCUGGAGAAGCUGUGCCGGGCGCUGCAGACAGAGCGCAAUGACCUGAACAAGAGGGUACAGGACCUGAGUGCUGGUGGUCAGGGCUCCCUCACUGACAGUGGCCCUGAAAGGAGGCCAGAGGGGCCUGGGGCUCAAGCACCCAGCUCCCCCAGGGUCACAGAAGCGCCUUGCUGCCCAGGAGCACCGAGCACAGAAGCAUCAGGCCAGACUGGGCCUCAAGAGCCCACCUCUGCCAGAGCCUAGAGAGCCUGGUGCUGGGGCAUGCUGGGAAGGGAGCGGCAGCCCAGCCAGGCCUGGCCCAUAAAAAGCUCCCAUGCUGAGCAGCCCAUUGCUGAAGCCAGGAUGUUCUGACCUGGCUGGCAUCUGACACUUGCAAUUUUGGAUUUUGUGGGUCAGUUUUACGUACAUAUGGCAUAUUGCAAGGCCUCAUGCAUUUAUACCUAUAAGUGUACAGUGGGCUUGCAUUGGGGAUGGGGGUGUGUACAGAUGAAGUCAGUGGCUCCUCUAUCAGCUGAAGAGUCUUGAGAGGGGCUGUCAUCUGUAGCUGCCAUCACAGUGAGUUGGCAGGACAAGUGACUUGAGCAUUUCUCUGCCUGACUUGAGGCUCAGACCCCUCCCUGCCCUUCAGAGCUCAAGACAAGUGAUACACCCAGGUCUUGACUGCAUUUCUCUUGUGAGUAGGGCUUGCUUGGGCAGCUCAGGCCCUCCGAGCUGCUCUGGAGGCUCCUUUGAUUCUCUGGACCUGGAAAAGGUGUCCCUAGGCAGAGACCUGGCAGGGCGCUCAGAGCUGGUGAUUUCCUGCCUAGGAUAAGGGACCUGGAGAAUGUUUCUGUGUGGGACAAUGUGCUGGUCAGGAGCCCCUUGGGCAUCACUUCCCCUGCCCUUUGGUAGUGCCAGGACCAGGCCAAUGAUGCUUCUCAGUAGCCUUAUCAUUCACAGGUGCCUCUCUAGCCUGCACAAAUGAUUGACAAGAGAUCACCCAAAGGAUUAUUUCUGAAGGUCUUUUUUUCUUUUUCUUUUUCUUUUUUCUUUUUCUUUUUUUUUUUUUUUUUUUUUUUUUUUUUUUUUUUUUUUUUUGCACAUGACAGUGUUUGUAUUGAGGAUCUUCCAAGGAAGAGGGGUGCUGUAGCAGUGGUGCCUGGGUACCUGGCCUCCAGUGUCCCACCUCCUUCACCACCCCGCUUGGCUCUUUUGCCAUCUUGGUGCUGAGGUUUCCUGUUUGGUGAGAUCAGGUUGUUUGUUGUAAAAGAAAGGAAAGGGCUUCUGAUGGCUUUGCCACAAGCUUACCUGUGGGUUUUAGUCCUGAGAGGCCACCACCAGUUCCCAUCAGCACUAUCUCCAUGCAGCAGUUGCUGGGCCCCAGGUCCAGCUGCCUCCUUGGCUUCAUGGAUUUUUCUGCUUCCUGCCCCCACCCCCACAUGUGCAAUCCUCAAGAUUUGUCCUGAUUCCAUUUCCUGGCACCUCCCUGCCUGUCCUUGGGGAUUCCACUUCUUCCUGUGUGGGAGCCCAUAGCUGUUGUCUAACAGGUAAGAAAUGAAGUUGAACUAUUGACUGGGCCCUAGAAAUCCAUAAAAUGGCUGCAGACAGUUGUUUCUGUGUCCUGUUCUCCCCCUACCCCAGUACAUAACUGCUAUGUACUGUGUAGAGCCAUUCUAUAUGCUGAAUGUUCUGCUGUUGCAAACUCGCCAGGGUAUUAGCCAGUGUUUGUGCAAAGCAGUUUUCUGGGACAGUAGAAUGACUCAGACCAAGAUGGAUAGGAUGGUUAGGGCUUUGCUUCUUGCUGUUUUUCUUUGAAGCUAGUUCAUUGUCCUGCAGGUCCCUUCAUCUUCCAUACCUAGCCCACUCUUCUAGCCCUUACCUUAAAUCUCUCAGAUAAGUUGGUUCACAAAGAAUGUUAAGUACUGAAUCAUGUGUGACUGAUACCAGAGAUGGUAAAUGAAUGGCACACCAUUUCUCUUUCUCUUGCCCCAGGGCAGGUACCACUGAUCUGCAUCAGAGUUGCCUGCUACUCUCUGGUAUAUCCUUCACAUCUAGGUGCCCUCAAGCAGCUGUGUGAGUGUUGAGAUCUUUGCCAUCACUGGCUGAGAUACUGCUGUCCUGUGAAGUGUUUCCCAUGAUCUUUUUCUUCCCCUUUGAAUCCCUGUAUCUGGAGUAGUCCUUGCCUCUUCCUGCUCCAGUAGGGCCUUUUCCCUACCCCAGCCCCUGUGCCAGGCUAAGCUGAUACAAGAGCAGCCAACCCCACAGAGUGCUAGGCAAGAGAGGUGCAGGGAAGAGGCAGAGGUAUGUACCUUCCCCCUUGAAGAGAGGGGAAAGGCCUACAGUGGCCCACAUAAUUGCCUGACUCACUUCAGCUACCUCUUAAAGCCCGUGGAGGGACUGGAGCUGCUGGAUCCCAGUGUGGUAGUGUGGGAGGCCACAGUGAACAGUGGCCCCAGCUGGGUUUCCCAGGUCAGGAAUGUGGGCCCCAGGCAAGGUGCAGCCUUUGCUCACAGCUCCAUCCAUGUCUAGACCUUCAGGCCAGUCUGCAGAUGUGGGUCCCUACCUUUUUCUUCCUUUCCAUUGACCAAAUCAUAACCAAUCACUACAGCUGCUCUGCUUCUGCUUUCCAAAGUAGCCCAGGUCCUGGGCCAGAUGCAGGGGAGGUGCCUAUCCAUGAGUGAAGGCCAGUGCCUUCCUCAGCCGGGUGGGUCCCACACUUGUGACCUCAGUUUUAGGACCAAGAGCUGUGUUGGUUUCUUAGAUUGCUAGCUUUUCCUCCAGGGGACCACAGCAGGUGAAGCUCAGAGCCAAUGGCUCUGCUAACAGUAAGUUGUUUUCAGGGCCUUGUCCAGCUGAGAGCUUCAUGUCCACCAGAUUCUGAGAGGUGUCAGCAGCACUUUUUUUUUAAAUUUGUUGUUUGUUUUCCAUGAGGUUUUUGGACCAUGGGCUGAGGUCAGGCACUUUCUGUAGGAGAAUGUUAUUUCUGUAAAGAUGGUUAUUUAAUCCUCCUCCAUCCCAUCAUGGCGGCCCUGAGGGCUGACCCGGAGGCCAGUGGAGCUGCCUGGUGUCCACGGGGGAGGGCCAAGGCCUGCUGAGCUGAUUCUCCAGCUGCUGCCCCAGCCCUUCCAUCUUGCAGAGCACAGAGGUGGUCACCCCAGGGACAGCCAGGCACCUGCUCCUCUUACCCUUCUUGGGGGAAGGGGGCUGCCUUCUGUCCCUGUAACUGCUUACCUUAUGGCCCAGCCCGGCCACUCAGACUUGUUUGAAGCUGCACUGGCAGCUUUUUUGUCUCCUUUUGGUAUUCACAACAGCCAGGGACUUCAUUUUGAUGUAUUUUAAACCACAUUAAAUAAAGAGUCUGUUGCCUUA